UAAAUCAGGAUGAUUUCCACAUUCCUUCAGUUGCUUUGUACCUCUCGAUUUACCUUCUGGUCAGAGCAAGAGGAUGGCGUGAGACGUGGAUAGAUGAAAAGAGAGUCAGCAUUACGUUGCGACAUUUACAGACUUUUGUUUAUUGAGCCUGCAUAUGUCAGAAUAACAGCUGAGAGAAGGUAGUAAAGUAGUUGCGUUGGUUUUUUGAAUAAGGAAACUGCGUGCAGAUCUUCUGGGGAAUUCCCAGUUCAUUUCAAGAUUAACCUAUGAAAUAAGAGAGUGGAGAGAAUAAUGGAGAAGACGAAAGUAGAGAUGAGGAAAAGGAGGAAGGUUUUUAAUAUCUGCUUGCUGCUGCUGGCGAUGCUCCAAAUCACCGCACCCUCCUCAGCUAAAAGCAACACCACCAACACCACCCUCAACAGGACCACCCCCAUCAAGACCACGACCACUUCAGCAUCGAACCCAGCAACUCUCAGAUACGUCACACGCCCAGCCAACCUCACCGUGCCUGUGGGAGAGCCUGCAGUGUUUCGCUGUGGAGUUCACGGAGCUUCUCCGACCUUCACUUUCACCUUCUACGGGAGUAAAGGCAAUUACAGCCUCAAUUGCCCCUCUGGCCAUGUGGAAGAUAUACCCCAGGCUCUUUAUGGAAGUUGUGGUACGAAAAAAGGCGAGUCAUUGGCCGUGUGGACGCUCAAGGGAACUUCUUACUCAGACAACGGCACAAGAGUUGUGUGUCAGCUGGCAAACAAUCCCGUUGCACCUACUGCCAUCCUGCACGUUUAUGAUGAUGGCCGCAGCUACUCCAUUCUCAUUGGCUGUGUGAUUGGAGGCUUCUUUGGCAUCCUGUUGGUGUUUGGUUUGUCCUACCUCAUGCUGCGGAGAUCCGAGACCCUGCAGAGUUGGUUCAGGGGAGGACAACCAGAAGAUGAUAUGGACACAAUAGUAACAAAGAAAUAAAUGAAGCCAUUGCUGUUUUUUUGUACCUCCUAAACAACAGUGAAUUAAUGUUUUUCUUAACCUUUAAGCAAUGUAGUUGUGAAAGCAUGAUAUAACCCAGGUCUGGAGAUGAUGAUUACGUCUUUGAUCUAGUCUGACCCCUGAUAACUUCACUUUCUUGUUAUGUCCUCUUAAACUGGACAUUGCACCCAUUAUACACAGCCUGGCAGUGCAAAAGCGCUUUAGACACAUUUAAAAAAGCUUUCCGCUUGCUGCAAGGUCCUAACAUCUGAUCUCAUGUAAAGUGUCUUUGAUCAUUUAGCAAAGCACUAUAUGAAUCUUAUGUAUGUAUCAUUGUUAUUAUUAUUGUUAUUAUUAUUAUUAUUAUUAUUAAUAAUAAUAAUAUGUGCACUGCCUUUACAGCACCUACCUUUUACAUCCUGUUAAAACAUUUAUUUUCUAAUGUGCCUAAAGUAUGUUUUUGUGUGUAGAGUGAAUAGACACUGUAGGGAUUUGAAGAGCAGUUUCUUCUUCAUGAACAUUUUUACUGCACAUAAUUGUUAGAAUAAAUCAACAUUAAUAAACAAAAUAAAUCUUAAUUUUUAAGGAAUCUUCCAAUAUUCAAUAUUUUUUGUCCAGAUGCAACAAACAAAGGACGAUGUAAGUGUCAAUGCAUGUUGAGCAGCUUUAGGCAGCAGUUGGGGAUUACAGACACAUUGUGAGUGAAAGUGAAGGAUUGUCUGCAGGCAAGCAAGGUUAAAUAAAGAAUAGAGGAGGAACUGUC